CGGAGCUUAUAAGAGCAAAACCACCUUAAGAACUAAGAAAAGGAAGACGUAAAGACGUAAAACAAUCCAAAAAAGCAAGUAAUCCCUGAUUCCCUGUAAAGGAAAUAUAUUUUCCAAAUUCCUCAACUUCUGGUUCGGAACAGAAUUCAAAGCAAUUGUGGAUGCGGUUAGUGUUAUCAAAGUCGAUCGGUUUAGAUAAUCGAAGCAUCGAACGAAACAAAGAGAAAUUAUCUCAAUUUGUCACCUAACAUAGAAACCCUUUCGUAUCAACCCUUCUCCUCCUCUUUCUCAUGCUCCGACGACAACCCCUGCUCCUGAUCAUUUCUCCGGUGGAAGGAUGACGGGUCCUGGCAGAAACCACCGUCGUGGACGUGGUCGGUGGGUACCCCUUGGUUCCGGUGUAGAUGAUGGAUUUCAGCCUAGUCAAGAACCUGGGUGUGGAUCUAAUUUUAAAGAUGAUGGUGUUCAAGAUUCCAAUUUUAGAGUUCCUAACAACCAACUAGAUAAGGCUUCUGUCGGUGCUGAUAGGUAUUGUCAUCACAGAAGUUCUCAACAUUGGAAACCCUUGCCAAAGAGGGAAGGAAAUAGCAGUUCAAAGUGUACUGAGUCAGCAACUAUGGUUGCUUCUUCUUACCACCAGGAUGCGCAUAUACUGCCUUCUUGUUUGGUUGGUAAGGAAAGUUCACCAGACAGAGCAGAGGGCAGUAACUCAAGACAGCCAAUUAACUCAUCGGUGCAUUCUGUCGAUGACAAGGAGUCGCAUGCUCAUUCUGGUAGCACUAUCAGAUCUUUCCAAAAAGCUCAUCGCAGUCGAAACCAAUCAAACUCACCUCAUUUAGAUUCUGCCAACCUGCAAGAUAGGAUUUGUGUUAGCAAGGAUAUACCUUCCACUGCUGGGAAAACCGAUCAUGUGAUGAUAACCUCUGAGAAUUUAGCAGACCACCUCAGCGCAGAACAUUCAGAGAAGUUACCCUUGGGAUGUAGAUCUAAUGUUAAAGAUGAUGGUGUUCAAGAUUCCAGUUGUAGAGUUCCUGACAACCAACUAGAUAAUGCUCCUGUUGGUGCUGGCAGUGAUGGUAGAUAUUCUCAUCACCGGAGUUCUCAACAUGAGAAAUCCUUGUCAAAGAGGGAAGCAAAUAGCAGCUCAAAGUGUACUCAGUCAGAAGCUGUGGUUGAUUCAUUGUACCAGCAGGAUGUGCAUAAUCUUCCGCCUUGUUCGUUUGUUAAGGAAAGAUCACCAAAUAUCGAAAUAGCUCAGAAGGACUAUAUUUUUGCAAACAGACCAGAAGGCAAUAGCUCAAGACAGCCAAAUAACUCAUUGGUGCAUUCUGUCAAUGACAAUGAGUGCCUUGUUCAGUCUGAUAGCAGGCACAGUUCUUUCCAAAAAGCUCAGCUCAGUGAACACCAAUCAAACUCACCUAAUUUAGCUUCUUCCAACCUGCGAGAUAGGCUUUGUAUUGGCCAGGAUAUACCUUCCGCUGCUGGAAAAACUGAUCAAAUGAUGAUAUCCUCUAAGAAGGCAGCAGACCACCUUCAAACAGAACAUUUGGAGUGUUUACCAUUCGAUCCUUUCGAUAUCUGCCAAAGAAAAACUGGAUCCCUGUUUGCACUAAAACCUUCUUUACUUGCACAAAACAGAGAGAAAAGGAGGGAGCUAGAGUACUUUGAGAGAAGUGAAAAACUUAUCUUGAGGCAAGGAAUGGUGCUUUUAAAGAAAUACAUCAGUCAUACGAAUCAGAUCAAAAUUAUAAAGGAAUGUCGUGAACUUGGCCUUGGCCCUGGAGGGUUCUAUCAACCUGGUUACCGAGAUGGUGCCAAACUACAUUUGCAGAUGAUGUGCCUUGGUAAGGAUUGGGACCCAGAAUUCAGAUCAUAUGGAGAAAGACGGAAAAUCGAUGGAGCAUGUCCACCCUGUAUCCCUGUUGAAUUCAAGAAGUUGGUUGAAGAUGCAAUUCAAGAUUCAAAUGACUUCAUAAAGGGAAAAUUGAAACUUGGCAAUGUGGAGGAGGUGCUUCCUGUGAUGUCACCAGACAUCUGCAUUGUCAAUUUCUACACGCACAGUGGGAGACUUGGUCUUCAUCAGGAUAGAGAUGAAAGUCAAGAGAGUCUAAAUAGUGGGUUACCUGUUGUCUCAUUCUCCAUUGGAGACUCAGCAGAGUUUUUAUAUGGAGAGAACAGCGACACUGAAAUGGCAGAGAAAGUUAUUCUGGAGUCUGGUGAUGUGCUAAUAUUCGGCGGCAAUUCUAGGCUUGUGUAUCAUGGGGUGAGAUGUAUUAUGCCAAACUCAGCUCCAAGUUUUCUGGUUGAAGAAGCAAAUCUUCGUCCUGGACGUAUAAAUCUUACAUUUAGAAAGUCAUAGCUGCUUCCUCCACCUGAUAUUUGGAUUGAUUGAACUGUUUCUUGUUGAAGUUUCAAUUUUAUAAUAGCUUAUCAAAAGUGUGUAAUUCUGUUUGGAUGUAAAUGGACAUGAGGUAGCUUGUUAAAAUGCCAUGGUAAUCAUAGCUUGUCAAAAAUUUUCUGUUAACUGAGUUACAUGAACCUCAGGGAUAGAGUUGACUUAAGUAUCAUUGAGAAGGAGGAUUUGAUGUUUUCUGGGAACA